AUGGGCUCAUGCACUUCUAUAUCAUAUUCUAGAAACCUCAAAAGAAAAUUGCCUCGCUCCACAGAGUCAGACAUCGACAUUGACCAAAACGGAUCCUCUGACCAAAACGGAUCUCCUGACAACCAUUCUAAAGAGAACGUCGUUGCCAUUGAACAAUUUAUCCAGAUACUUAUGAAGGAGCAACUAAUCCGAAGGAAGAUUAAUGAAGCUCCUCCAUUGCUUAUAUCAAAGAGCGACCUGUAUAGUAGAAGACUAAACCAAAUGCAGCAUGCUUAG